ACCUGAACGUCACCACAUCAAAAGGAAUACACCACAACUUGAGCCACCAACCUACUUGUGGGGUACUGUCAUCCCGAAAACAUCCGCGGUUUGGGCUGCUUACUUUUGCAAAGUUUUUGCACUUUUACACCUUGAUGUUUGACGACUUUGGCGCGGAUACUGGACAAGAUAUGUGACUGGAGUUCACUUCUGUUUUCCAGGAGUUCGUAAAGAUUCAUUGAGUUUGCUGAGAAGUUUUGUUCUGAACUUGAUGGUUCGUGUGCUAUCGUGUGAUCGUUUGGAGUGGGAUGGGCGUUCCAUGGCAUUGACUUGACUGUUGCAUUGAACCAAGUCAGUGAAAUUUUGAAACUUGAGCCGGUCGCUACGUCAUUAUUCAUAAAUACCGGCUUUUACAUAGGACUAAAAAUGUGAUUUGGGUUCACAGAUAAUUAUUUAAACCCGACAGUUUGUGCCAGUUUCAACAAAAAGACUGAAUUUUGGAAGGAUAUAUUUCUGUUCUAAAUAAAGUUUAUUAUUAAGGACUAAGGUUUAUUGGCAAUUCUCAACAAGUUGUACAUCACUGUAACGCAGUUUUUUAAGGCCACAACAACAGAGAAUAUGGAGGACAUUUUCUCCCAGAUUCGCGAGGGCAACGCCAUGCAUGUGCGUGUAUGGUUAGAUAACGUGGAGAAUGACCCAAACCAAGGCGAUGACCAUGGUUUCAGCCCGAUGCACUGGGCAUGCAAGGAGGGCCGCACCAACAUCGUUGAGAUGCUGAUUGGUCGAGGGGCUAAGAUCAAUGCCACCAACAUGGGUGAUGACACGGCCCUGCAUCUUGCUGCAGCGCACGGCCAUCGAGAUAUUGUGCAAAAGCUUCUUCAACUACGUGCUGACGUCAAUGCUAUCAAUGAGCACGGUAACACCCCACUACACUACGCAUGCUUCUGGAAUUUUGAACUCAUUGCCGAUGAUCUUGUCAACAGUGGUGCUUUGGUCAGUCUUUGCAACAAAUUUGGAGACACACCCUUGGAUAAGGCCAAAGCGGGACUGUCCAGCGUUCUUAAAGAUCGAGCCGCGGCCAACGGACAGGACCUUAACAAAGUGCCGUACAAGAACAGCAACUGGGGCGGCAUGAAAACAAGAACACGAGAUGGAACACUCUCAAGAUUUGCCGGGAUCGACCUCAAGCACGUGAAGCUGCAGACCAAAGUUGGCAGCAGCCCAACUGGCGAGAUGUGGAAGGGUAUGUGGCAAGGCACGGAGGUCAUGGCCAAGGUCUUGCAGCAGCACAACAUCACGUCGCGCAUCUCGCGUGAGUUUGGGGAGGAGUUCCCCCGCCUACGCAUCUUCUCCCAUCCCAACAUCCACGCCGUGCUGGGCUGCGUUAACCACCCCCCUAGCCUGAUCGUGCUGAGUGAGUACCUGCCAAGGGGAUCACUCUUUCAUCUUCUCCACGAGGCAUCAGAUGUGAUGAUUGAUCAAGCUCAGACGCUUCGCUUUGCGGUGGACAUUGCUCGUGGUAUGGCCUUCCUGCAUGCCAUGGAGCCACUCAUCCCACGCUUCUAUCUCAACAGCAAGAACAUCAUGAUUGAUGAUGAGCUGACGGCCAAGAUCAACAUGGGAGAUACCAGAUUCUCCUUCCAGAAUCGCGGGAAAUUCUUCAACCCGGCCUGGGCCUCACCAGAAGCUCUUCAAAAGGACCCAGAAGAGAUGAACACACGAGCGGCCGACAUGUGGAGCUUUGCUAUCCUGCUAUGGGAACUAGUGACUAGAGAGGUACCGUUUGCUGGAUUGACACCCAUGGAAGUCGGAAUGAAGAUCGUAGGGGAGGGGCUGCGUGUGGAACUCUUGCCAGGCAUCUCCCCACACAUCAUCAAGCUGAUGAAGAUCUGCAUGAAUGAGGACCCUACUAAGCGGCCGCGCUUCGACCGCAUCAUGCCAAUCCUUGACAAGAUGCGCAUUGCGUAAAAAUAAAAUUAAAGAUCGCCAACGAAAUGCUGCCAGUAUAGUCGUCAGCAUAUUUUUGUGCCAAACAAAAAAAAGUCAACUGAAAAGCUGUCAUGAGCAAUAUCCAUAGCGCAACGUUGUGACUGAUCAGAUAUUUUCUGUUGUUACUAAUGUUGUGCAAUCCCAACCCGAAACUGACCCGACCAGAAACCGACUAACCGACUUCGGUUCGGAUCAGGUCGUUUUUCCCCAUUAUUUCAGUCAGGUCAGGGCGGUCUUGGUUUUUGCAUUGCAAUUUACGGGUCGGGCUGGGUCAGCUUGGUUAUGCCUCUUCUGAAAAAACCCAAAAUAAACCAAAACAAACUGAAACAGUUCAGAAAUUCACGCGGUGCAAUAUUUUUGCAGAGUCACUGUGCCCAUUACGACCGUCAACCAACUGCACUAUUUUACACAUGGCUUGCGGUCUUUUAUGUGUAGACCCACCAGUAGGUCACGUUAUGAGUUUUCACCGUAUUGUACGAUAUGAUUCAGUACGUUCCAGAGACAUUGAUUUUCAUGCGACGCGGGCAAGUUCAGGCACAAAAAGCAGAGG